UAAAAAUAAUACGGCGGUUCUGACAGGUCAGGGAAAGCCAAAAGAUUCCAUGAUACCGUAAAUGAAGGCUUGAUAAGACUCUCUCGCCCUAGAUUCGGCAAAAGGUCUCCGAACAAGAAGGACAUAAUGCAGAUGACAAAACCAAGGUUUGGAAAACGAGAUAUUCUUCAAGGAGUUGCAAGACCAAGGUUCGGAAAACGCAGUGCGGAGUUAGCAGUUGUUAAACGAAGGCCAGGAUUCCCGCUUUUUAACGUUGCAGUGGAGGAGCCAACUAAGAGAGGAAUGGGGAUUAGUUACGCUAUGCCCCGGAGCCUGAUUGCUUUGGAUAAAGAGGGAAUCGAGAAACGUGGAAUGGAGUUAGGAAACUUGGCACGCCCUAGGUUUGGAAAGCGAAGUGUGAAUGUUGCAGAAAUGUGGAAACGCGGAUAUCAGGAGAUGAUCAGGCCCAGGUUUGGAAAGAGAUCUGCUCUUGAAAAUAUGAUCCGUCCUAGAUUUGGGAAACGAUCAGGACUUGAGAAUAUGAUACGUCCAAGAUUCGGAAAGAGAUCAGCCAUUGAAAAUAUGAUUCGUCCCAGAUUUGGGAAGCGGGCUUCAGAUAUAGCGGAUAUGAUGAUGCAUCAAAGCGAGGACAUGAGUUUAGAGUUACCCCUGGAGAUCUGGGAAAACUAUCAAGGAGAGGACCUAGAUGAUUCUCUUUGGAUGAUUUUACCAAUUCACGAGAACCAGUCGGAAUACAAUUUAAUACCUUCUCAACUUGAGGAUGAAAGUGAUCUGAAAGGUAUAUCGUACAAUGGUAGGCGAUUAUAUUAA